CUGGCCGCUCACCCUGUCUCUUGCUCCGCAACUUCUGGCUGAUGCAUUUGUUCAUGAUGGCUCAAAUUACCGAUUCAUGUCAACAAAUAGAGGUCUUUGUAUGUCUCCUAGCAUGGGUAUCCGAUCUAUGCGGGACUUCCUUUACGCGAUGACAAGGCUCUAUCCAUGACAAUACAUAAGAAACCUCGUACGAAGAUGCUGAUCUGAAUUGCGCAACAUCUACCUAUGACUGGCAGCAUACCUUUCGGAACUUUGUUAUGGGUAGCUGCGAGACCUCUUCUCAGACUUUUCAUAUGCGUAGCGUGUGGAUAUGGCAUUACAAAGGCUGAUUGUUUUUCUGCAAAUGCGGCUCGUGGCGCUGGGCAAGUGGUUUUGAACAUUACUUUGCCUAGCAUGAUUUUCUCGAGGGCUGCAUCCGUUUUGAACGCGGAGAAUGAUAAAGCUUUGGGACCGUUGUUCGUGAUCGCGAUCAUCUACAUGGCGAUGGGCUUCGCGUUAUCUCUGUCUAUCAAGAAAUUUUUCUGGGUUCCACACCGGUUUCGGUACGGUGUAAUUGUCGCAGGAGGUUGGGCGGGUAUCGGUGACAUAACGAAUUCGGUCAUAACGGACAUGAUGGCCUCCUUCCCCUUCGACGGAGAACACGACCAGGACCUCGCAGUAGCAUACAGUAGCGCGUUUUUUCUCAUCUUCUACAUAUCAUUAUUUACGUUCGGGCGCAAGCUGAUCGAGAUGGAUUUUACUGGGCCUGACAUAGAUGACAGGGAAGUACAGCAGCUACGUUGGGCCAAACGUUGCGAGCUGCUGGCGGGUUUUUUACGUCAUGUAAAAUGCCUUCUCGGCGUACCCUCUUCCGAAAACGACGCGGAAGCGGGGGGAAAAUAUGACCUAGAGGCACGCAAGGUAGAUGUCUACAGUGAUCUAAUGACCGACAAAAGUCUCCCGCCGCAAAUAUUAUCGCUGGAAGAUUCGCAGGCCGUUUCCGCUCUAGCGUCGUCACCCACUGUGCAGCACGACAUGCUGUCGGGCCGACCCAAUUUGGCCAUAUGCGAUGAACUACAUAUCAUACCACCAUCCACAGAGAACUCCUCGGCAAACCAACCCCGCCCUGUCAUGCAAUACACGUCCAGGUUCCUUAACUAUCUUUUAUCCCCUGUCUUUUCGUCCAUGGUCGUCUCCCUCAUCGUGUCUAGAAUAUCGGUUCUGAAAGCCCUAUUCAUCCCUAAUGUAUCAGGAACAAACAUUCCGCCAGCUCCUGAUGGGCAACCACCACUGGCAUUCAUCAUGGAUGCAGCAACAUUAUUGGGAGAUGCCAAUUCUCCUCUUGGAAUGAUUAUUCUUGGAUCUGCACUUGCGAGGAUGAGUAUUCCUCGCAGACGCUGGACUUCACUACCUUUUGGUGCCAUUACAGCUCUUGCUGUCGGCAAGCAGCUUAUCAUGCCAGCCUUCGGAAUUCUUAUCUGCGACGGCUUUACUCGGACAGGGUUCAUUGACCCUGAAGAUAAAGUGUUCAGAUUUGUAUGCAUUUUCGUAUCAUGUCUACCCAUAUCAUCAACGCAGUUUCUCCUGAUGCAAGCAUGCUCGGACAGUGACACAAGUACAACAGAGCACCUCGUUGCAUUCCUACUGGCACAGUAUAUUCUUAUGUUUUGGGUGACGACCAUGUUGAUGGCCUUUACAAUCAACCUUCUCUUUGGCUAGACGGCUACUUUUAUGCCUGGUGCACACGAGUACUGUACAGGAGGUACUUAACCCCUUAGAUGAUAAAUAUCUUACUGCACUGUUGAGGCUGAAAAUUUAUAUUAAUGUAUUUGGACAUAUACGACGGCAUGAUACAUCUAGAUUUCAUGUGCCGUUGGUAAUUAUGGUGGCCUCGAGGGAUGAGCGCUGGCGUGUCAUGCAAUGCCAAUUUGUAGUUCUUCAGGAG